ACACCUUUCCUCCUGGGAGGGGCUUCAUGUGAGACAUACAUGUGAUAAUUGCAUCUCAGUAGCUCACUAAUUGAUAUGUAGUAUAAAGCCUAAUGGAUAAGGUACUGGCUGGAAUUGUGUUGGAUAUUUUAUUUUAUCUAUCUUCCAGUUUAGUUGGAGCAGGACUGUGCCAUGGUCUGGCUUAAAAGACUUUUUUACCUGACUGUCCAGCUGUCUGCUGUAAUUCGCUUGGGAACUCGGGUCCUGGAGGCUUCAGGAGAGGAAUGCUGUGCGAGGAAUACAGAUAGAUGGAGAAUUUGCAGAAGCAUUUUGUUGUGCAAUUACAGUGCCGGUGUCCCAGUCUGUACUCUGCCUCCCUGCAAGAAACUGUUCAACGCAACUUUGCCAGUAUGCCUGCUUCCAACAGUAGGUCGUUCACACACUUCUGACUGUAAUGGGUGUCCACCAGCCACAGCAAAGCAGAAUGGAACCAUGAUCAAUGCUGGCUCUGAGCUUUCUGAGGAUACCUACGUACAGAAACUUCUGCAGCAUGUUGACCAUGCAGGGAAGGAAAAAAGCUCCGUAGAAACCAUCCCAUUUAUUGGCCUGACAAAAAAUCAUGCACUAGACAAGAAUUGUUGUAAGAAUGGAGGGACAUGUGUUCUAGGAAGCUUCUGUGCAUGUCCAAAACACUAUACUGGAAGAUAUUGCGAGCUUCAUGUACAUAACCGGAAAUGUGGCAUUGUUCCACAUGGCCAUUGGCUACAGAAGAAGUGUGCUUUAUGCCGAUGUAUGUACGGAACCAUGCACUGCUUCCCAUCUGGUGACUGUGAUGCAAAGGAUUAUGUGGAAGAAUCCCAGAUAUUUUUGUCAAGCAGCCCAAGAGUAAGAUCCUGCCUCAUCGCAUGGUUUUUGCUUAUUGCUGCCAGUAACACAUUAUCGCACUAAGGUUUUCUUUAAAAGAAAGCAUCUUGGUAUAGUGUUAAUCCUAUAUAGAACUUGAAUUCAAUUCUUAUAUUUUAGAUUUUUAUGAAAUGCUAGAUAUUUAUUUUACAUGCUAGAUAUUUAUUUUACAUAUUCUUUCUGCUCUACAUUCAAAAUUAUGUAUAUUUCUAUUUAUCAUCGGUAUUAAAUUCAAGCCAUUCUUUUAAAUGUAAUAUGUAAAUCAUGAUAUAGACUUAUGGCACUUUUUUUAUCUGAUCAAAAUUGAGCAGAGUUCCACUUGUAUGGUGAUCUUGCCAAACAAACUAGCCAUGUAUGGUGAUAUCGGCUUAAGAUUUGUGAUAGUCCAGCUGCUUGUAUAAAUUAAUCACAUGGAGUUUCAGAAAGUGCUAAAUAUAGUUGGGUUAUAUAAGCCUAUAGUAAAUCUAACGAAGAGUUGAUAGGACUUGUCUUGCACUAAUGCCCACAAGGGCGAUCCACCAAGCCAAAGAAUUUGGACUGGUGGUAUGAUUGUUGUAGUAAGCAUGCUUCAGUAAAAUCAGGAAUAGUCUGUUCAAGGUUAAAGUCACCCCAAGUAACAGUCUAUGGAUGUACAUCUUCAGAACAUCUGUCCUCCCUGUCUUCUGUGUGACUUAUGCAGGGAAAUGUGCCAGCAAGCAAGCACCAUGGUGCAUGACUAAUGAGACCAUCAGCAGGCAAUUUGAUUUACCUGGUGCCUUGCUCUGGAUAGAUCUAACAGAACACACCACUAAUUGCUAGUAAUAAAAUUAGACUACAUACAAGUGAGUGAAAUGUUGGGGGAAAAAAAAUAUGUACUAUGAUGUUUAUUAUAAAAACUUGUAACAAUAGAACAACGUCACAGGGUGGAUAAUUAAACCAACAGAAAUAUAAUUCACAAUAUAUGUCAUGAAACUCUGCAGAAGUGGGUAUGUUUUUUUUCCAUAAUUGACGAGCCAACAAUAUACUAUAACAUAUAUCCUUAUAAAUGGUGCUUAGUGUUUUAAUUUCUGUCCUAUGACUCAAUAUCCUAAAAUUAACUUUGGCCUUGUGCUUUUCUAUGGGCAAUACACAAACCAUGGAUAUUCUGUAAAUUAUUUCCUUUUAACUAGUGCUUUGUGAUGUAAUUUGUGUCACAUGACUGAAUUCUAAAAAUAUUGAACCCCUGUUCUAAAACUUGAGGAUAUUAGAAGUCACCUUUGAGUUCCAGACUUUAGUCUUAAUAUUAUGGAACUCAUUGCGGACAUAUGGGGGCACAUUCAGUGGCGGACUAGCCCACCGGGAUACCAGGAAAAGUCCCGGUGAGCCCUUGUGCUGCUAAAUAUUUGGCCUAUUUCAUGGCUGUUCCCUAUUUCUAUGACAAAAGAGGCUUAAUAGAUGGAAUAAUCGAUUAUAAUAU